GAAGGUGACCAGAUGGAGAUUGUCUCCACAGCAGCAGCAUGGCCUCACGGUUCGCCACUUUCCUUUACAACACACCAUCACUCUCUCCUUCAGCUCGCCCUCGCGAGUCGUCAUCCACCCUCGCGUCCACCACCACCGGCCUCGCCAUCGGCGCUCCUGCUCACCGAGGCCGGGGUGGCAUCGCCGACAGAGACUUGCGCGGGGCGUGGCGCGGCGUGGAACGGCGAUGGACGAGACGCGACAGGGGCUGUUGAAGGGCACUAGUGUGGCACGGACCGCCACUAUUCUGCGCCACCCCCGCUUGGACCCAUGUGCUUGGCCAAAUCCGCACCAUGAUCGGCAGCGACACUCUGCGACUCGCCAUGAUACUCCACCGAAGGUAGCUAUCACCACGAUCACCACAAAAGACGCUCAAGCCAUCAUACACGCUUGCACGCGCACGGGUCAACAAGCUUCAGCGAUGA